AUGCAUCUAGUCCUCCUUGCAGCUGGGCUGAUCAGCCUGUACCUUCUCUACGUGAUGCUCACCCGGGCGCCACCCCGCGCACCCCUGCCGCCAGGCCCCAAGCCACUGCCCAUCAUCGGCAAUCUGCGCGACAUGCCCGCACCUGAUUCUCCGGACUGGUUGCACUGGCUGAAGCACAAGGAUCUAUACGGACCCAUAAGCACAGUCGCCGUUCCGGGCCAACGCCUCAUCAUCCUCAACGAUGCGAAGGCUGCACAUGAAUUGCUCGAGAAGAGGUCCCUGAUAUACUCCGACCGACCUGGAUCGCCGUUUGCCAGUCUCUGCGGAAUGGGCGACACAGUGCUAAUGCAGGGCUACGGUAAGCGCCUGAGAACCUACCGCCAGUAUAUCCAUCACGAGAUCGGAACCCAUCAUGCGGUUACUCGAUUCAAUCAGAGCCAGGACACGGAGGUUCGUCGAUUUCUGAUCCGUCUGCUGGAGACGCCAGAGCAUCUGCAUGAACAUGCGAGGGGACUUGCCGGAGCCUUCAUUCUAAAGGUACUAUACGGCUACCAUAUGGACUAUACCAGCAAUGAUCCGCUGUUGGACUUUAUCGAAGAAGCAUUGAAGGGAUUCAUUGCUGCUCUUAUUCCUGGAACCUGGCUCGUUGAUGCGGUUCCUGUUUUAAGGCAUCUCCCGGCCUGGUGUCCAGGAGCCGGCUUUCGAAGAACAGCACAGCAGCUUCGUGAGGAACUUCAGUUCUUAGCAGAUCUGCCUUUUGGCUUUGUCAAAGACCAAAUAGACGCAGGCAGUAAUGAGGCUUCAUAUGUCUCCAGCCUGCUCAAGGACAAAGACACACUCCCCGGCUCCAAAGUCGAGCAUGAGAUCAAGUGGACGGCCGUCUCGCUCUAUUUCGGCGGUGCUGACACGACCGUUUCAACAAUCGCAACGUUCUUCCUAGCGAUGGUGCUGUAUCCCGAUGUGCAGAAACGCGCACAGGAAGAAAUCGACCGAGUCGUUGGCCGAGGCCGAUUACCUGGAUUCUCCGACCGGGCGAAUCUGCCCUACAUCAAUGCGGUGGUCAAAGAGGCCCUUCGUUGGCAUCCCGUUGCACCGAUGGGCGUUGCUCACAGCUCCAUGGAAGACGAUACGUACGAUGGUUACCACAUCCCCAAAGGCUCCAUCAUCCUGCCAAACGUCUGGGCCUUCUGCCAUGACCCCAAGGACUACAAGGACCCCAUGAGCUUCAAGCCAGAGCGCUUCCUCGGCGAUAACCCGGAGCGAGAUCCGCACUUCGUCUUCGGCUACGGGCGUCGUAUCUGUCCUGGGCGCAUCCUCGCUGAGUCGAACCUCUUUCUAACCAUUGCUACGUCCCUUGCGGCCUUUGAUAUUGGCAAGCCCGUCUGCAAUGGACAAGAGGUAGAUGUUCGAGCAAGCUUUCUACCGGGAAUUAUUAGCCAUCCGGUGCCUUUUGAAAUGAAUAUCAAGAUGAGAGAUCUGAAGUAUGGGGAGCUGAUCCGGUCUGUUGAGAAGGAACAUCCGUGGGAGACCAAGGACGCAGACUUGGUCCGUCGAAAGCUUAGUGGCCAGCAGUAG